AUGGAAGAGGAUGAUGACAAUAAUAAUAAUGAUAACAAUGUUGUAUCUAUGCCAAUCUUUAUAACAUUUCAAAGUAUAUUUAGAAUAAGUGUUAUAAGAAACAAAGUGUUUGGUAUGAUGAAAGAAUUACCACAUGGUUGUAACAGAGUUGAUGAUAAUAAUAAUAAUAAUCAUAAUGGCCAGUAUAUUAAAGGAAAGGAGUUACUUAGACUAUCACCAAUGACAUGGCUCGCAAAGUAUGGUUUGUCAUGGGACUAUGUUAAACAUUAUCUACCGAUAAAGACACUGGACAACAUCGAUUUGGAGUGUCGUAGUGCAAUGAUAAAUGCUUAUAUAUGUCACAAGAAUGCAACCAUUGACACUCUCAAACAACUAUUGCAAUGGUCACCCGACUUUGCAUUCAAUGAUUACGUUUGGCAAGAACAGUUGUUAAGGGGUAACGAGGCGAUAACAAAGUUUCUCGUUCAAAACUACCCAGAUCAAGUCAAGUUUGAUCAUGUUCAAGCAAUACAAGCAUGUGCAUCUGGUAGUGUUCCAUUGGUUUGUUGGUUACAUGAAUCUAUGCAUUUAAACGACGAAUGGUUUUCACUUGAUUGUGCUUGUACUGGUAGUAGUACCAGUACCUCUUGUUCAACCACGUCGUUGGAGAUGGUCAAAUGGUUACACUUUAACAUUAAACGAGCAAUUUGUACAGUGCGGGCAAUAGAUGCAGCUGCCUAUCAUGGAAUGUAUGAUGUUGUUUCUUUUCUUUUAGAAAAUCGUACAGAGGGAUAUUCAACACGCUAUCGAUGGUGCAGCUGCAAAUGGUCAUAUGAAUAUUAUAAAGGUAAAGAUCUUAGUAAAAAGAAUCUUUGGUCUCAAAAGGGAUUGGAUAUGGCAGCAUCAAAUAACCAUCUUGAUAUUUUAAGAUAUCUAGUAGUAAAUAAUAGUAGUGUAGAUUGUACAACUGUUGCAUUUCACAAUGCUUCAAAAAAUGGACAUCUUUGUAUGGUGGAAUGGUUGCAUGAGAAUCAAAGUCAUGUUUGUUGUGAACCUAAAAAAUCUAUUGACCAAGUGGCUAGAAAUGGGCAUUUAAACAUGAUAAAGUAUUUUUAUGAAAAAUUAAACUGUACAGGAGGACAACCUCUUCUAAGUGCUUCUGUUGGCGGACAUUUACAUAUAGUAUCGUAUCUUUUAGAAAAUAGUAAAACAAAUGAAAAUAAUUUAAAAAUGGAUGCUAUAGCUGCUAACGGACAUUUACAUAUUUUACAUUAUUUAUUAGAGAAUGGAAUCAAGUUAUAUGCUUUAAACACUAUUGUUCAUGCUAUUCGUGGUGGUCCACAUUUAGAUGUUAUUCGAUUUAUAGUUUCCAAUCAUUUGCAAUGGAUUUGUCGUUUGGAAGAGGUAAAAGAAAAGAAUAGAGCAAAUCAUGCAUUUUGUUUGGCUAUCAUGAGUGGUCACCUUGGCAUGGUCGAAUUUAUUCACUCUAUAAUCCAAUCAACCGAAUUAUUAUCAUUGACCGAACCUUUAGAUAUUGCUUGUGGUAGUGGUCAUUUUGAAAUUGUAAAGUAUCUACACUCAAAAGGUUUCAAAUGUACAACUAAUGCAAUGGACAAUGCAGCUAGCAUAGGUGCCACUGAUAUUGUCAAAUUCCUUCAUGAGAAUAGGAGUGAAGGAUGUACUAUGAAAGCACUUGGAUCUGUAACAUUGGGACGUUGUUGGGAUAUUGAAAUUGUGAAAUUCUUGCAUAGCAAUAGGUCAGAAGGUUGUUUACCUGAUGCUAUGGACAGAUCUUUACAACUCGGUUUCCUACAUAUAGCUCAUUUCCUUUAUAAUAAUAGACAUCAAGUCAAUCUACAAGUACACAAAUAA